CGACCGCAUUGUACAUUUUCCCAGCCCAAUACAGACUCCAGAGUGCUUGGGAAACGCGGAAACGUUCCUUGACAUAAAUAGAACUUCGAAAGUGUCAAGAGAAACUCCCAAAAAAUUCACUGGCGAUGAUAACUUUGUGGCUUCGCGUUUACUCCCUACUCAUCGACACCCUCGACCGGCAACAUUCCGAUACUUAUCACUGUUCUGUGCCCUUCUGUGCCACAGCUUCGCUUCUUAUCAGGGCUAAGUUCACCGUUUACUGCACCUGACAGGCAAUCAUGAGACCGAGUCGCCGUUUUACUUACUCCCUAUGGAUUAUGGUUUUUCAAACAGAGAAUGUCGUCUUGAUUCAGGGACUGGCCAUGAGUUCUCGACGAACGCCCUUAAAACACAUCACUUCCUAAUGAUGCCUCUUUGCCAAUAUCUUUCUCCCCAUGUCAAAGCAAAUCGAGUCCUCCGAGAGCGAGAAAGACGCUGUUGUCGAUCAUGCUAUUGACUCGGACGCGGAGAAACGUCUUCUUAAGAAGCUGGAUUGGAUCCUGCUGCCCAUGUUUACGCUUAUCUAUUGCAUGAAUUUUAUUGACAGGACAGCGAUAGGAAAUGCUAAAAUUGCAGGCAUUGAAAAGGAUCUGAACAUGCAGGGAUUUGACUUCAACAUUGCACUAACAGUAUUCUUUAUUCUUUACAUCUCUGCCGAAAUCCCGUCCAACCUUAUGCUCAAGCAUUUCGGUUCUGUGUGGCUCGCUGGCCUGGUUACUGGUUUUGGAAUCGUUUCGAUUGGCACGGCGUUUGUCAAAUCAUUUGCUGGCCUUAUUAUAACCAGGGUUUUCUUGGGUAUAGCUGAAGGUGGUACUUUGUCGGGGUUGACCUAUAUCAUGUCAAGAUACUAUCGACGCUCCGAGCUCGUGUUGCGACUUGGGAUCUUCUUCGGUGUAUCCACUAACCUCGCAGGCGCAUUUGGUGGACUCCUUGCGUCGGGACUCCUCUCUCUAAAGGAUAUAGGAACGGUCAUGUCGUGGCGGAAGAUUUUUCUUGUUGAGGGCAUCAUUACCACAGGAUUUGGCCUUUUGUGUUUCAUCAUACUGCCGACGGAUCCACAACAUACUCGGAUGCUAAAUCCUCAGGAACGCGCCUUGGCACUUACCCGGAUUGACGCAGACCAGGCCACGCGGGUGGGGGGUAUGAGGGAGAGGACGACUUGGAAGCUCGUAUGGAGGGCCUUCAAUUUUAAUACUGCGAUAUGCUCAAUUUGUUACCUGAUGAUCAACGUAUCAUUCCAAGGACUAAGUUUAUUUAUGCCCACGGUCAUUGCUACAUUGGGGAAAUACACCACUGUACAAUCUCAAUUGCGCACGGUUCCGCCCUAUGUCCUGGGUGCAGUAUGGAUCAUUUUUAAUGCAUACUAUUGCUAUCGAAAGAAUCAGCGGGCGAUUCCCAUCUUUUUUUCGACUUUAUUGAUAGUUUUGGGAUAUGCUAUUGCUAUUGGGACCAAAAAUCCUCAUGCAAGAUAUGCGGCAUGCUUUCUGUCUAUUGCAGGGAGUUCCACUUCAGGGCCCGUGCUUCUGACGUGGGGAACGAAUAACGCUGCACCUGAUACCAUACGUGCAGUUGCGACAGCCAUAAUCCCUGGUAUUGGUGCACUCGGUUCUGUUAUUGCCGUGUGGACCUACUUACCCUCCGAUGCACCCAAUUAUCACAAAGGCAACACUCUCAACCUCGCCACCAGCAGUACAGCCUGUGUCCUUGUGGUCAUUGGUGCGUUGUAUAUCAGAUGGGAGAACGCGAAGAGAGAAAGAGGAGAAAGGGAUUACAGAUUGGAGGGGAAAAGUGCCGAGGAAAUUGAGCAGUUGGGUUACUUGGAUCCUAGAUUUCGUUACCAAGUAUAGUACUAGUGGGCUUGUACUUACAUACCUUGCUUCCUUCAUGUGGGAACAGUUUCUACGAUCCCGAAGGUGCCGAAGUCCUUCGUAAA